GGUAACAACAGUGAAAACAGUGACAACAUUGACAACACUGACAAGGGUGACAACUUUGACAACAGUGACAACGGUGCAAACAGUGACAAUGGUGACAACAGCGACAAUGGUGACAACAGCGACAACGGUGACAAUGGUGACAACAGGAACAACGGUGACAAAAGUGACAACAGCAACACUGGUGACAACAGUGACAACGGUGACAACAUUGACAACACUGACAACGGUGAGAACCAUGACAACAGUGACAACGGUGACAACCGUGACAAUAGUGACAACGGUGACAACAGGGACGACGGUGACAACAGGGAGACGGUGACAAACGUGACAACAGUGACGACAUUGACAACGGUGACAACAGCGACUAUGGUGACAACACUGACAACAGCGAUAACGGUGUCAACAGUGACAACGGUGACAACAGUGACAACAGCCACAAUGGUGACAACAGUAACAACGGUGACAACGGUGACAACAUUUAAAACGGUGAGAGCAGUGACGACGGUAACAACGGUGACAACAGUGACUAUAGUAACAGCCGUAACAAUGGUGACGAUGGUGACAACGGUGACAGCAAUAAGAAGAGAGUCAACGGUGACAAUAGUGACAAUGAUGACAACCGUGACAACGGUGACAACCGUAACAACGGUGACAACACUGACAACAGCGACAACGGUUACAACAGUGACGACGGUGACAACUGUGACAACCGUAACAACAACAACAACGGUAGCCACAGCAGCAAUAAUGACAACAGCGACAACAGUGACAACAGUGACAACGAGCGACAAUAAUGGCAACACUGAAAACAGCAACAAUGGUGACAAUGGGGAAAACAGGGACAACGGUGACAACAGCGACAAUGGUGACAAGAGUGACAAUGUUGACAACAGUGACGACGGUGACAACUGUGACAAAAGUGACAACGGUGACAAUGGUGACAACAGCGACAACAAUGACAACAGUGACGAUGGUGACAACCGUGACAACAGUGACAACGGUGACAACAGGGACGACGGUGACAAACGUGCCAACGGUGACGACAUUGACAACAGUGACAACAGCGACUAUGGUGACAACACUGACAACAGCGACAACGGUGUCAACAGUGACGACGGUGACAACAGUGACAACUCUGACAACGGUGACAACACUGACAACAGUGACAACGGUGACAACAGUGACAACAGCCACAAUGGUGACAACAGUAACAACGGUGACAACAUUUAAAACGGUGACAGCAGUGACGACGGUAACAACGGUGACAACAGUGACUACAGUAACAGCUGUGACAACGGUAACAAUGGUGACAACGGUGACAAUAGUGACAAUGGUGACAACCGUGACAACGGUGACAACCGUAAGAAUGGUGACAACGGUGACAACGGUGACAACGGUGACAACACUGACAACAGCGACAACGGUUAAAACAGUGACGACGCUGAAAAGUGUGACAACAGUCACAACGGUGACAACUGUGAUAACGGUGACAACAGUGACAACAGCGACAACGGUGACAAUAGCAACAACAGUGACAACAAAAACAAUGGUGAUAACACCAACAACAGUGACAACCAUGACAACAGCGACUACAGUGACAACGGUGACAAACGCAACAACAGCGACAAUGGUGACAACAGAGACAACAGUGAUAACGGUGACAACAGCGACAACGGUGACAACAGUGACAACGGUGGCAACAGUGACAACGGUGACAAAAGUGACAAGGAUUAAAACAGUGACAAUGAUGAGAAAAGCGACAACGGUGACAACACUGACAACAGUAGAAACAAUGGUGACAACAGUGACGACUGUGACAACAGUGACAACAGCGACAACAGUGAGAAAAGUAACAUCGGAAGCAACAGUGAAAACAGUGACAACAUUGAAAACACUGAAAACAGCGACAACAGUGACAACAGCAACAACUUUGACAACAACGACAACAGUGACAACACGGACAACGGUGAAAACGGUGACAACUGUGACAACAGUGAAGAUGGUGACAACAGAGACGACGGUGACAACUGUGACAACUAGCGACAAUAAUGGCAACACUGACAAUAGCAACAACGGUGACAAUGGGGAAAACAGGGACAACGGUGACAACAGUGAGAACAGUGACAAUGUUGACAACAGUGACAACGGUGACAACUGUGACAAAAGUGACAACGGUGACAAUGGUGACAACAGCCACAAUGGUGACAACACUGACAACAGGGACAACAAUGACAACAGUGAUGACGGUGACAACCGUGACAACAGUGACAACGGUGACAACAGGGACGACUGUGACAAACGUGACAUCGGUGACGACAUUCACAACGGUGACAACACUGACAGCAGCGACAACGCUGUCAACAGUGACAACGGUGACAACAGUGACAACUGUGACAACGGUGACAACAGUGACAACAGCCACAAUGGUGACAACAGUAACAACGGUGACAACGGUGACAACAUUUAAAACGGUGAGAGCAGUGACGACGGUAACAACGGUGACAACAGUGACUAUAGUAACAGCCGUAACAAUGGUGACAAUGGUGACAACGGUGACAGCAAUAAGAAGAGAGUCAACGGUGACAAUAGUGACAAUGAUGACAACCGUGACAACGGUGACAACUGUAACAACGGUGACAACACUGACAACAGCGACAACGGUUAAAACAGUGACGACGGUGACAACUGUGACAACCGUAACAACAACAACAACGGUAACCACAGCAGCAAUAAUGACAACAGCGACAACAGUGACAACAGCGACAACAGUGACAACAAAAACAAUGGUGAUAACACCAACAACAGUGACAACCAUGACAUCAGCGACUACAGUGACAACGGUGACAAACGCAACAACAGCGACAAUGGUGACAACACAGACAACAGUGAUAACGGUGACAACAGCGACAACGGUGACAACAGUGACAACAGUGACAACGGUGCAACAGUCACGACGGUGACAAAAGUGACAAGGGUUAAAACAGUGACAACG